AUGGAUUUCGAAUGGUCCACCAGCGUAAUCAUUCUAAAGAAGCGUAUAUGCAUUGUUAAUGAAUUUAGUGUCCCAAAUACCAAAAAAGUAAAAUCCAGUUCAUUUAUUGAAAUCAAAUUUCUAAUCUCUCUGAUACAAGUUUCCAAUUGGAGUUCAGUACGAGUAUUUCACAUAAAUAAAAUCUUUGUGAAAUAUCCGCGUACACUUUUGGUUCCCAAUUGCAUGUAUCCAAUUGAUAUUGAUUAUUCGGAAAACGAUAAGAUCGAUUUGAAUGUGGAAUAUGUGGAAUCUAAAUUGCCACAAUCUGUUCAAGAGGUUAUUAAACUUAUGUUUGACGUUGACACAAUGAAACGUACAAUGAUGGAAUUUGAUUUAGAUAUGGAAAAAAUGCCAUUGGGAAAAUUAAGCCAAGCGCAAAUCAAAGCAGCAUAUAGCGUUUUAAGUGAAGUAUGCAAGCAUAUUGAGGAAGGCGGAUCGAAUGCAAGAUUUAUUGAUUGUACCAAUCGUUUUUAUACGCUGGUCCCGCAUAAUUUUGGUACAGCAAGUCCCCCUCUGUUAGACACAAAGGAACAAGUCGAGACAUUGGUUCAGAUGUUAGAUUCGUUGUUGGAAAUUGAAUAUGCUUAUAAUCUACUUCAAACAGAAAAUACGAAAGAAGAUGUGAAUCCACUUGAUAAACACUACGAGCAACUGAAAACAGCAUUGGAACCAUUGGAUAAGCAAAGUGAGGAAUUCGCUUUGCUGAAAAAAUAUGUCCAAAACACUCACGCGACUACACACAAUAUGUACGAGUUAGAGGUGAUGGAUAUUUUUAAGGUGUCUCGGCAAGGAGAAGCACGUCGUUAUAAACCUUUCAAAAAGCUCCAUAAUCGUCGUUUGUUGUGGCAUGGUUCUCGUCUCUCGAAUUUUGCGGGUAUUCUAUCACAUGGGCUUAAAAUUGCCCCACCAGAAGCACCUGUGACCGGAUACAUGUUUGGCAAGGGCAUUUAUUUCGCAGAUAUGGUUUCAAAAUCUGCCAAUUACUGUUGUACUAGCAAACAAAAUUCUACUGGCUUCAUGCUGCUUUCUGAGGUUGCCCUCGGCGAUAUGUUGGAAUGCACCGCCGCUAAGUACGUCACAAAACUACCGGCUGGCAAGCAUAGCUGCUUUGGACGUGGUCGAACGAUGCCAGAUCCCAAAGAGUCAAUUAUUCGGGAAGAUGGCGUAGAAAUUCCACUAGGCAAGCCUAUAGAUAAUGCAAAUUUAAAAUCCUCUUUACUGUAUAAUGAAUUCAUUGUUUAUGACAUUGCUCAGGUUAACAUUCAAUACAUGUUCCGUAUGAACUUCAAAUAUAAGUACUAAUAAAACAUUACGUCAUUUCUUUAUGUGUGUCAGUUAAAUGUAUGUAUGUGCUACUAAUUCAUGUAUUUUUGUUCCAAAUUGAUACAAAAUAAAAGCACUGUAAAAGCUAAUACGAAAUGUCUUGUCAAUAAAAAUUUGUGUGCAUCACCAGGGAAUGACAGAAACGGCUUAAA